UCAAAUGUAACCAAUCAGAUGGUUCCUUUGCAUAAAUGCAUUUUUCCCCCCUUUGCCGCUUCUAAAAAACCAACCACGAGUUGUCGUCGUGUGGGAGAAUCCAUCUUGAAGAGAGCUCCUCGGCCGUACGACCAGUAUAGUAGUUCAAAAUGUCUGAGGCGGAGCAGCAGUACAUGGAGACGUCGGAAAACGGCCACGAAGCGGAGGACGAUUUUAACGGAGGAGGAAACGACGGCAGCGCCGAAAAUGACUGCGGACAAGGUGCGGAGACCGAUCCGGACGGGAACUCGCAGGACGGCGGCCAGAUCGACGCCAGCAAGGGCGAAGAAGAUGCUGGCAAAAUGUUUGUUGGCGGGCUAAGCUGGGACACAAGCAAAAAGGAUCUGAAGGAUUACUUCUCAAAGUUUGGAGAGGUGACAGACUGCACUAUUAAGAUGGACCAGCAGACGGGCCGGUCAAGGGGAUUUGGCUUCAUUCUCUUUAAGGACUCAGCGAGUGUAGACAAGGUUCUUGAGCAGAAGGAGCACAGGUUAGAUGGCAGACAGAUUGACCCCAAGAGAGCCAUGGCCAUGAAGAAGGAGCCAGUAAAGAAAAUCUUUGUUGGAGGCCUUAACCCGGAUACCGCCAAGGAAGUCAUCGAAGAAUACUUCGGGACCUUUGGAGAGAUUGAGACCAUUGAACUCCCACAAGAUCCAAAGACUGAGAAGAGGAGAGGAUUUGUAUUUAUUACGUAUAAAGAGGAGCCUUCUGUCAAGAAGGUUAUGGAGAAGAAGUACCAUACCGUCGGUGGAAGCAAGUGUGAAAUAAAAAUUGCCCAGCCCAAAGAGGUCUACAUGCAGCAGCAGUACGGUGCCCGGGGAUACGGAGGCCGUGGCAGGGGACGUGGAGGCCAGGGCCAGAACUGGAAUCAAGGAUACAACAACUACUGGAACCAGGGAUACAACCAGGGCUAUGGUUAUGGACAGCAGGGCUAUGGAUACGGUGGCUAUGGCAACUAUGACUACUCUGCUGGUUAUUACGGCUAUGGGGGUGGCUACGAUUACAACCAGGGCAAUACAAGCUAUGGGAAAACUCCAAGACGUGGAGGCCACCAGAGUAGCUACAAGCCAUACUGAUCACACGUAGUGCAGGUCUAAAGUAAAUAAGAAAAAGAGAUCCAUGGUCUGACCACAGCGAACAUGGGCUCUGGCUUUUCCUUUGGAGUUGGCAGAAAUUUGGACUCAUGCUCCAUUUGUACAGAUCAAGUGAGGAACUGGGGAAGCAAAUGUCACUUUUCCACUUUUUUUUUUUUUUCUUUUAUUUUAUAUUGUUUUGUGUCCAUUUACAUUUCCAGUGAUGGAAGUGUUAUUUUUACUGUACUUUUUGGUACCCUUUUUGAAUCUAAUGUAUUGUAUGGUUGUAUUUUUACAUGUCGACUGGAAUUACAGACGAGCAGGAGCAAAGGGCUUUGAAAAGCUCUCAAAUAAAACAAUAUUGCUUUUUUGUUCUGUGUGUUUCUAGAUUUUUAGUUAUGUUCUCCCAUGCUGAGUGUUGGAAAUGAAUUGCAUGGCUUCAGAUGUGGGGAUGAGGUGAUUUAAAAAGGGAUUUACACUAAUCAAAGGGUUCUUUAAAAAAUGUCAAGUGAGUGCUAUGGGGACUUGUAGAAAACAACAACCAGCAUUUAUUUCAAUUUUGUUUUAUUUCUUUGUUUUUUUUGCUUUUAAGGAAGUUUCUCCCCACCAUGUCUGCAAUUUUUAAGUGGCUUUAUUAGUGUUAUUCAACUUGAACGCAAGCCUGUUAUAAUGUAAGAGGGUAACCCCUCUGUCACUGGAAACUCAUUCCUCUAGUGUCUUGGGCAAAUUGAUAGAAAUAAAAAUUUGGUUUAUAUUA